AUCCAGCAGUUUUGUGAUUUUACCUGAAAUUCGUGUAAUUUUGUAAGAACAAACGAAAUCGGCUAAGAAUCAGCUUGCAAAAUAAGUGAACAGUAAAAAAAAGGGCCACUAACAGCAACAGUAUCCAUAAUGUAUCCUAUGUCCUCAACUGUAAAUGCCGGACCAUUUUGGAGCAAUGGACCGAGCCCCGGAGCAUUCUACGAUUUCCCUGGAGCCCAAGCCGGUAAUGGACUUGUUUCAACCCGCUCGGAAACUCCAGGUGAAUUUGGAACCCAGCGAUCCUACACUCCGGUUACAACGGGAACGUCCGUAAUUGGCCUCAAGUUUGCCAACGGUGUAGUAAUUGCUGCCGAUAAGCUAGUUUCCUAUGGAUCUCUGGCUCGUUUCCACGACGUAGAUCGUGUUCACAAGAUCAACGACAAAACUAUCGUUGGCAUCGGGGGCGAUUUUGCGGAUUUCCAGUUCAUCAAACGACACAUCGAUCAGAAAGUGGUCGAUGAUACGUGCUUGUCCGAUAAAAAUGAGUUGAAGCCAAAAUCUCUGUACAAUUGGCUUACUCGAGUGAUGUACAAUCGUCGGUGCGAAUUCAAACCACUCUACUUGGACAUCGUAGUCGGAGGCAUACAGGACGGUGAACCCUUCCUGGGACAUGUUAACCUUCGCGGUCGUGCGUAUACUAGCAAUGUCGUUGCCACCGGUUAUGGUACCCAUUUAGCGCUGCCCUUGCUACGUGAAUACUCGGAAAACCCUACUGCAUAUGCCGGAUUGGAUGCGCAGAAGGCCACCGAAUUGACUAAAAGCGUGAUGGAAGUUCUGUGGUACCGCGAUUGCCGCAGUGAUCCCAAGUAUUCCCAGGCCAUCUGCACCACCGAUGGUGUUCAGGUGGAUGCGCAUUGCUUCGUGAAGCAAAACUGGAACCUAGCUACGAUGAUUAAGGGAUAUUAGGGCGGUUUUCUUGAAUAUUAAAUAUUAUUCUUUUGAUUUACAAACGAGGUUCUUCAAUAAAACAUCUCAUCUGUGAA